AUGAAGUGCUUCGUCUCGCUCCUCGCCUUGGCCUCUGUGGCCUUCGCCAUUCCCAACCCUACCGCGACCGAAAUUUCGACGGUUGAAAGUGUGACGGGUACCAUCACGGACACCGCCAUCCCAGCAACCUUCACCGCAAUCAAGAAGUACUUCACGCUCACCGAUCACUCGCCGUGGAUGGUUGAGAAAACCACCGUCGUUACCUGGACCGUGACGGCGCUGCCGACCUCCACUGGCGCUUGA